CUAAUCGCUCGUUACCCUAUUCGUCUGGUUGCAUGUCGCCCAACUCGCGGCGAGUAUUUUGUCGACCUCUCCCCGCCCAUUGCUGGACGUAGGCACAGCAUGGAUCCCCACGAACAGCCGUGGUCAGAGCACGAGAGGGUAAACCUACUCGCCGAAGUCUUGCUCAAGGCAGGCACCAGUCCCUCGCGCGUGCUCUUUGGCGCCAUAAGAGACUCGGGCAUCCAGGUCAGGUGGAACGACCUGGUGCUGCCAAAUGGCCGCUCACUGGGCUCCUGUCACAGAGCCUUCGAUGACCUCGCCGCGCAGGUUCAACCGAGCGAGUAUAGACACCCUGUCCCACCGCCUACUGCUCCCAUCAUCUACCCUGGUAGUCGCGAGGUCCCACAGAAGCGCCCGCACCCCGAGUCGUACACACCGAUCCAGCCGCGACCGUCGCAACCCCCGUACAUGGGCAUAGUUAACCAACAUACGUACGGAGCGAACAUACCACCCGCGGGUGAACCGGCAAACAAGAAGAAGCGCGGCCGACCACCAAAGGCAGUGACGGAGAUGAGGAGACAAGAGGCACAGGCAAAGGGAGAGCCGUACCCCCCACCCCGGAAGUCGAGACCCUCCAUAACGUCAAGAGACCCGUCCCAGGCUUCGCCUGGAGGCCCGUUGUCCGCGCCUACUGGAGCAGCCACACCACAGGGUACACAGCCGCCCGAGCCAAACACAGAAUCUUCAUCGGGGAAGAAGAAGCAGAAGCCCGCACCACUUGAACUGGGUUCACCCCCUAACUUGUUCAGACCGGCUACGGAGAAUCCCAGCUCGGUAUUCUCGAACUUCACGCCCAACUCUGCUCCCUUCUCCUCCUCGCCCAAGAAAAGCAGCGACGCACACAUUCCCCACGUGCAGUAUGGAUCCCAGGGCCCUUCACCCCGCCAAAGUCUGGGCUCGGACGUAAGAAUGGAGGGAGUCGAAGACACCCAACCCCGAACAACAACACCGCAUUCGUUCAAAGACACCGUCGGCAUCUGAGCGUUCCUUUUGUCACAAAAGCAUUCACGGCGGUAUCUGAUUUGAGAGCGUUCCGACGACCUUUUCACGCAGUCAUGAUGACAUUCCCAUGAUACC